ACCAAUCCUUUGGAAGAAAUGACGCCCACAACUCUGAUAUAAAGUCAAGGAUGUAAAGUCUGGAUUUCUAACUCCCAGCCCAAAACAUCCCAGAUAGCACAUAGGAAAAGAAAGUCAUUAAAGGUUCAUAAUGUCUUCAUAUAGCUUCAAGAGAAUAGGUGGGUUUGGUGGUGGCUCAAACAGAUCGAGCACGGUUAGCCAAAGGGUACCUAGCACUCAUGAUGGUAGCAGUGGCAAAAACCUUUCCUUCUUAACCUCAAGGAUAUCAACUUCUGAGGUCAGUGGUCUUGGUAGCAACUUAGGUGGUGGACUAGGUGACCUAGAUGGUGGUUUCGGUGGCAGCUACUCAUCUAGAUUUGGUUAUGGCUAUGGGGGUGGAUUUUCAGGUGGAGAAGGCCUCCUGGGUGGAGGGGAGAAGGAGACCAUGCAAAAUCUAAAUGACCGUCUGGCCUCCUACCUGGACAAGGUGCACUCUCUGGAGAAGGCCAAUUCUGAGCUAGAGAUCAACAUCAGGGAAUGGUAUGAGAAGCAAGCCCCCAGCCCAUCACGUGACUACAACCAGUACUACAAGAUUAUUGAAGAUCUUCGUAACAAGAUCUAUGAUGCCAACUUGGUCAAUGCCAACACGAUCCUGCAGAUUGAGAAUGCCAAACUGGCUGGUGAUGACUUUCGAGCAAAGUUUGAAACAGAACAUUCCUUUAGACUGAACGUUGAGGCUGACAUCAGUGGCAUACGUAAAGUCCUGGAUGAAUUGACUCUAAACAGGUCUGACCUGGAGCUUCAGGUUGAGGGUAUGAAGGAAGAAUUGAUUUACCUGAAGAAGAACAACGAAGAGGAAAUGAAUGCCUUGCGCGGACAAGCUCGUGGCACGGUCAGUGUGGAGAUGGACGCUGCCCCAGCUGUUGACCUGAUCAAGAUGUUAGCCCAAAUGAGAGACGAAUAUGAAACUCUGGCUGAAAUCAACCGCAAGGAAGUUGAAGACUGGUACUUUAAAAAGACAGAAGAGCUGAACAGAGAAGUUGCAAGUCACAGUGAACAGAUCCAGUCUAGCAAUACCGAGAUCACUGACCUUAAACGUACACUUCAAGGCUUAGAGAUCGAACUGCAGGCCCAACUAAGCAUGAAAUCAGCAUUGGAAGGUACCUUGGAAGAGACAGAAAGUCAAUAGUGCGUACGGCUCUCUCAACUGAAAGAUCUGGUUAAUGGCAUAGAAGUUCAGCUCGUUGAAUUGCGAACAGAUAUAGAACGCCAAAACUCAGAGCACAAAAUCCUCAUGGACGUUAAGACCCGUCUUGAACAGGAAAUCUCCACCUACAGACGCCUCCUGGAUGGAGAAAAUGUUAGCCUCUGAAACUACACGUUAUGUCCGCACCAUCUCUGAGGAAACCAUAGAUGGAAAGGUUGCUUCUACAAAUGACAAAGACUAUCACACAAACUAUUAACAUAAUAUAUACAAUAACAAACACUAUCCUCUUGUAGGGUUACUCAUGGUUAACACACUUCCCUUUUUUAAAUUUUUUUUUAUUUAAAACUAUCCAUUAUAUACUCACCACAAUGCCAGCGUACAUACUGUAUUCCUACCCUUUGCAACUUGACUAUGGUAUAGCCUGUGCAAACCUCUUGUUACCUCUUAAUUCUACACCAUCCCACAUAACCUAUUAACCGCUUAAGACCCGAACCAAUAUGCAGGUUAAGGACCUUGCCCCUUUUUGCGACUCGGUACUGCGUCGC